AUGGACGUGCUGCUCCGACUGCGAGGACCGGAAAUACGCGUUGCCACCACUCCGCGUGUGCUCUCGCUCACAUGUGCGCCACUGGCUGCAGUUCGAGUCGCAUUUGUGCUGUCUACUCCCUCUCACUUCCUUCCCCUCUCACUUCCUUCCCCUCUCACUUCCUUCCUCUCUCACUUCCUCUCUCACUUUCUUCCUCUCUCCCUCCUCUCCUCUUGCUCUCCCCUCCUCUCGGUUGUCCACGCCGCCACUCCCGAAUUCCGUCUCUCCGCGUCUCCGCAAACAUGCGCGCACUCCAGCGGCUUCGAGCUGCGCCGUUCCGUCGUCGAUCUCCGAGACUUUCACCCACCCUUAGCCGUUAUUCCCUCCUCUCCCCCUUCCCUCCUGCAGGAGCACGCGCGGGUCAGUUGCUUGGAAAAUGUUGGGUCUUCCAAUGAUUCCAACGCUUCCACUCACCCGCUCAUAAUCUUCACCUUUUCCCCCCUCCCCCCGUCCGCCUCUCCCCCACUCCCUCCCCGCUCUUCCGCCCUUUCCCCCACCUCCUCCCCCUCCUCCCUCACCUCCCCCCCCUCUUCCCCCACCCCCCCCUCCUCGCUCUCCUCCCGCGCAGGUGUGCGCGCAGUUCAGCGAGUUCCAGCAGUGCCAUCUCCUCCUGGAGCAGGUCGUGUGUGCACGCAGUUCAGCGAGUUCCAGCAGUGCCAGCUCCUCCUGUCCGCCCCUUCACCCCCGCCCUCAUUCUUCCACCCUUUCCCCCUCUCUUCCCCCGCCUCCCGCGCCACCUCCUCCCCCUCUCCCCGCUCUUCCCGCGCAGGUGUGCGCGCAGUUCAGCGAGUUCCAGCAGUGCCAGCUCCUCCUGGAGCAGGUCGUGUGCGCCACGGGGUGCAACCCGGAUUCGGGCAGCUACUUCAAGCUGGUCAACGGCACGCGCGUCAUGCAGGUCUGCAACGCCUUCUCGCAGACCGUCUACCAGACCUGCAAGGGGCUCACACGAGUGGCGACGCUCGACAGGUUCUUCCCAACACCCGAGCGAUUCAUGGAGGGCCUGUUGGGCAAGGUGGGCACCGCCUGUGGCACCCUCUCUCCAUCUUCACCUUUCGCCCUCAUCUCUCCCCUCCUUUCCCACUCGCAGUGCCUGGUGUCGCCACACUCGACAAGUUCUUCCCCACAGCCGAGCGCUUCAUGGAGGACCUGUUCGGCAAGGUGGGCACGGCGUUUGGCGUCUACAACUUCACAGUCGCCGUCACACCAGACGCCUCUGACCAGACCCAGUGCUACAACGGGCCCAAGAAGCUGCCCCCCAUGCCCUUCUGCUGCGACCCGCUUCCCAUCCCCAUUGAGAAGUGCCCCGCUAAGGUUAUGAACUUCACCGAGUAUCCCAAUAUGAGGCAGUAUAUUAAUAGGACGGUCACUGACAGGCAGUGUGAUAAGUUCAAGUGCAGCAACAGCGGCGGCGAUGGCGGUGCUGCUGCUGAUGCUGGUGGUGGCACAAGCACGAAGCUGAAUGGCAUCACAUCACCUACUGACUGUAUUCCUACAAGCAACACUGGUGGCAGCAGCAGUGGUGGUGCUAAUUCGAGCAGCAACAGCAGUGGUGGUGCUAAUUCGAGCAGCAGCAGCAGUGGUGGUGCUGAUUCGAGCAGCGGCAGCAGUGGUGGUGCUGAUUCGAGCAGCAGCAGCAGUGGGGGCUCCCCGUCUGGUUCGAGUGGGGAAAAGAUCUCCCAUCGCCUGCAUGCCACGGCUAAUUUUGUUGCUGUGAUGGUGAUGCUCGCAGUGCUGGCACUGCUGUGA